CACACACACACACACACACACACACACACACACAGCACAUAGGACGCAAGUAAGUCGCUGAGUAUUCUGUGCAGGGCCGCUGACAGCUUUUGCCGGGCCCGGGACAAAGUCAUCUGAAAGGGCCCCCUACCCAAUACAUACAAUGUAAUGGGGACCCAAUUUUGGGCCCUCUGUCCCCCGUCCCCCCCGUCAGCAGGCCUGCCCUGAUUCUGUGUGUGUGUGCAUGUGUGCGAGAGAGCCUCUGCCUGAGAGAAAUGGAGACUGCCUUAAAAUAAAUAGCCACCAGGGGGCGUAGAUAUACAGGAAGUAUUAAGCAUGUGACUUUUUUUUUUAAUCGGACAGCCUCCAAAAUAAGGAAUGACUCAGACUAGUGUUUCUUUCUGCGCAAUGUUGGAUGGCACAGGCAAAAAAAUAAAAUACGCACUUAAAAUCGCUUAAAUUUUUAAAGGCAUGCACAACAAUAAAGCUCUAAGACUUUGACAAUGUUAAUGACUGUAAUUACAUAUUUGUGUAUCGGCUGCUGUUGCAUAGUAGCCUACUAAACUCACACAGUCAGUAAAGGGUUGUCUGGAAUUCACACAGUAGUCUAAAGUGUGCAGUGUUAUUUCAACACUUAGAAAGUGGGAUUAACAAUAUGAGUGAGUGUUACAUUCGAGUGAUUCGACCACCCAGGUGUUGAUUCAACUCUGCAAUGGAUUUGGGGAGCUAGCCAGAACCGGGUCUUCCAUCCAGGCAGGAGCAUUAGGUAUUCGGUGGGUGAUGUGGUCCUGCGCGCUGUCUGGUGUCUGGUUAGAGGGGGGUGGGGGUGAGGGCAACAGCCUCCCUCCCUCCCACCCAUGUGUUCUAAAUCAUCAGGCUGUGUGUCUGGCACCGAGUGGGGGUUUACUUCUGCCCAGACUGUGUGUUGUCUGGGGCUGCAGGCUAUACUGCUAAACUGUGUUUCUCUCACGUCACGGCCACUUUUAUUUGCAGUUUGUUGUAGGCUAUCACGCAGACUCGUUGUAGGUGGAAGGUUGUUUUAUUUGAAUGUCUUCAAGGGGAGAUGCAGUUUUGUCUUUCUCAAUUGUCCCAUUUGGUGCUGCCGGAUGCUGAUAGGGCGUUUUUUCAAGUGCAAAACAUAAAAUCGUCUAGUAGGUAGCCUAAUGUAUGGGCCAACUGUAUAGUCGUGUGUGUACAAUUCCCUCUUUUAUCUCACCUCCUCAGCUGGACUUUGAGGGGGGUAAAAACUGACCCGGUUAUUUAUAGACAGUAGACAGUUUGGGUAGGAGGGGGUACCGACACAUCUGCUGAAUAUCCGCUAGACUGUAGGGUCAGCCCAAGGUUAGCCCUCUUCAAUACCGGCCUUGAUUGGUCCUGGCUGGCACUAAAGAAGUGUAUGUAAUUCUAACCGCCCACACUCCCACCGGCUAGACCAGCCCCUCUUUCACCGCCAUUGUCACCACCAGUCUCCAGCACUACGAGUCUGUUUCCCUCCCCCUCCCUCUCCCUUUCCCUCUCCGCUGCGCGCUCUCGCUCUCUCACCCAGCCUUCCUCCCCGCUCUAGCUGUUCCACUCUUGCGCACACCCUCCACCCUCCACCCCCCGCUCCCCUCCCCUUCCCCCUGUCUGGCUGAAGCUGCUCCCCCCUCUAGAGGCGAAGGAGGAGGGGUUGGGAGUAAAGCCUGCCCACACCAUGACAAACGUAACAGUGAGCCAUUCUUUUGAAUGAAAGCGAGAGGGACGUUGGAGGAAAAAAGGGAUCGGUAAAACGCCAAGAUGCGGGGAACCUAUUCACCAUAGGUAACACUAGCUACAUCGGAAGGCAGCGGGCAUGGCGUGAGAAAUGUGGAACCGGAGAGGCCGACUCUGACAGCGGGCUGCUGUAUAAGUUGUCCUCCCUUUAUGUAGGGCCGCUGCCGGCGGCUCUUCCCCGGCGUCCCAUUACUCCCCAGCCCCAUGCAAAAUAUAACGGUACCGGACAGCUCCAUCAACUCAAACUCCAAUGUCAUUUGCUCCUGCAACUGCACCGGAUCCCAGUCACAGGGGAUGGAUAUAUCUGAACUGGAGUUUGUUCAGAUAAUAAUCAUAAUAGUGGUGAUGACUGUGAUGGUGGUGGUGAUCAUUUGCCUGCUCAACCACUACAGGCUGUCGGCCUGGGCCUUCUUCACCCGACAGAGCCAGGCACGGCGCCGGGACCAGGCAAUGCAACCGGAGGGGUGCUCGUGGCCCACAGACAGUCUAGUGGCCCAACAAGGAGCUACUGAGGUGAUGUACGGCCCGCGGUCGGCCGAGCCUCAGCGCUUCGCGCCGCCGAGCUUCAUGCAGCAGCGGGCCGAGCGCUUCUGCCGCUUCCAGCCCACCUACCCCUACCUGCAGCAGGACAUCGACCUGCCGCCCACCAUCUGCCUGUCGGACGGCGAGGAGCUGCCGCCCUACAAGGGGCCCUGCACGCUGCAGCUGCGUGACCCCGAGCAGCAGCUGGAGCUCAGCCGGGCCUCGGUGCGCGCGCCGCCCAACCGGACCAUAUUCGACAGUGACCUCAUAGACGUUUACGUGCACGGCGGCGGUGGGGGAGGGGGCGGCGGUGGCGGCGGCGGAACGGGUCCCAGGCCUCCGAGCUCCAAUUCGGGCAAGAGCGCGUCCAGCGUGACCACGCGCAUGGAGGGCCCGCCGCCCACCUACAGCGAGGUCAUGGGGCAGAUGCAAGGGCACGGCGGUCAGCUGCUGGCGCCUACUACUUCGACGACGUCCUCGUCGUCUUCGUCGACGGCGUCGUCGACUAGCACGUCGUCCGCGUCCACCACGUCCACCGCCGCCUUCCUCCAGCACCACCACCACCACCAACACCACCAGCAGCAGCAGCACAGCAAUAACGGCCAGAGAAGCACCGCGCCCACACCCACACCAUCACAGCCACAACCACAGCCACAGCUACAGCCCACGCACCACCCACACCCUCAGCCACCUCUAGGGGGCAGUGGCGGCCUCACGGCAGUCCCCAGAGUCGGGCACCAGCAGACUGGCAGCAGUAACAGCAGCGUAAGCACAACGGUGCCCGGCAAGGCCGCCAAAGAUGGCCGUCGACGGGAUUGAUUACCAGAUUACAGAUUAUACACCCCCAACACCACCCAACAUCCUUACCGAUACACCCCCCCCCAGCCCUUAUGAUCGAUCGAUCUCCCUUCCACCCUUACUAAACUCCCUCACACAAACAAAUAAAACGAAAAAGAAAACAAAGACUUAAUAUAAAUAAACACGCACGCAUAUAUUACUCCCAUACCAACAACACGUGAUGGUGAGAGACACACAAGGGAGGCCAGGAGAGUGUGUGUGUGGGGGGGGAGAAAUAAACUGAGAAUGAGAAAAUAUGACAUGAGAGAUGUAAGAGGAAUGAACGAAUGAUAAAGAAAAGAGAACAUGGGAAACUGAGAGAGAGAGAUGGAAAGAAAGAAACGUGUCACUCUCCAGAACUGCCUACUCCCCAAGCGAUCCCCUUGCACAAUAUGAACAGAAAAAAAAAUCGAGGAACCAAGCUUACAAAUUUAUUAUUUUUUUGUAUGUUUCUCUCUUUUUUUGCUAGAACUGUGGGCCUUGUGUGGAUGUUUUUUGGCUUAAUAGCUAUUUUUUUCUUGUUUGUUUGUCUUGUUUGUUUUUUGUAUGCUUACGUUUAUUUAAAAGAGAAAAAAAAAACAAGAUUGUUGGCACAGACAUUUUGCGUGAGGGGCCACGAGGGCCAUAGGAUUUGUGGAUCUGUUGUUUUUGGUUGUCAUUUUUUUUCUUCCUUACUUUGUUUUUCUUGUUAGUUUUCCUCUUUUCUUUCUUUAUUUCUUUCUUUCUUGCUUUCUUUCUUUCUCGCUUUUGGGAUCUGUGCACAGACAAUUUUUUAUCUGAGUUCCAAAAUUUUGAGUGCCAUGAUUCACACACAGGAGUCAGACCACCACCAGGGGGCGUGAUGGGACAAAAGAUGAAAGAUGAAAAACCCACCAUAAAAUAUUAAGUUGCACUAACUUAACUGUUUUCAAGAAAUGAGCGUAAAAGCCUACCUGUGGUUUGGUUGUUGUCGUGCAUCGGCUCCCCUAAAGGUCUUUUAGGGGAAAAAAAGCGACUAAGCAUUUUUGUUUUUGCUUCCUUUUUAAUUAUUUGUUCCUCUUUUCAGUUAUCUAUUAUAAAGAAUAAAGGAGGGGAUAGAGUACUUUGAUCCAGCCUAAAAUCUAUACACACAACUGAACCGCAAAAUGGCACUUAAGGGGGGUUUUAACGAAAAUCUGUUCUAAUGUCCAGUUCUCUCUUUUUUUUCUUCUCUCCUGAACAACAGAUAAAUAUAACUUUUAGCACGGAGUCUUUUUUGGAUGGAAGUCAUGACAAACACACUCAUGCAUUGCUUUCAUCCUGUCAAGUAGCACUUUAAUACUUCCUGUCACCUCAGAGUUGUCGUUUGGGUCCAAAAGCAGAUGGGAUUUGUGGGAUACAUAGUCUUAUGCACACACAUCACCCCCAUUGUCAUGAGUGUGCAUUGCUUGUCUUUUUUUGUGUAAAUCGUUGGGGAAAUGUUGGUUUUUGCGUUGCGAGGGAUGAGGAGACACCCCGACCCCAUCACCACCACCACUACUUGCCAUCUAGGUUGAGUGAGAACCUUUUUUUUCUUUUCUUUUUUUGGUCCACCAUGAGUAGUUUUCGUCAGUCCUCAUGCUUCAAUGUGUGUAAUGCUAAGUGGUUGUUGAAAGAGAGGGAUUGAAAGGUGAUGCUGUUGUGUUUUGCUCGCGUAAGUUUGAUGGAGGGACUGUGCCGCAAAAUGGUGGCCAAAAAUACUGUACAUCAAGUCACAUUCCCUUGUUGCUUUUCCUGGAAGUCUGUCUGUAGCCUGGAGACGGGAGUCUGCUAUCUUUGUUUUUCUUAGUUCUCACACCUGAGAAGACCACGUACUGUACGCAGAAACACAGAUGUUUGGAGAGAGAGAGAGAGAGAGAGAGAGAGAGAGAGAGAGAGAGAGAGAGAGCGCGCUUAGGCUUAGGAAGCAACACAAGUGAUAAUGAAGACCAACAUUCUUAUUUAUGAUUGUUUAAGACUAAAGAGAUUUUAGAGGUGAUUGUGGACCCAAGACUUUGUGUUUGGAAAUACGACCCGAAGCCUAGAGAUGGACAAGUCUGAGAUGACUCGGGGGGGGGGGGGACAAGUUUUUUUUUUGUUUUUUUUUUUGCAAAGAACAAAACAUUCAACCAGAACACAAGAAUGAAAGUUAAACGGUGUGUCCAAUGCCAAGAGAAAGUAUGUAUGUAUGUGUGUGUUUGUGUGUAUUUUUGUUCAUGUUUUUCCCUCUUCAAUCUUGAGUUUGUCUGACCUUAUUCUGUUGUCUUUUUUAUAUAUAUUUGUUUGUUUUAUGACUAUCCCGCAUUAUGCCCAUCUCUGCCACAUUCAGAAUGCUUUCAGACGCGCUGAUUGUGUUUUGUUUUGUUUUUUCUUCUGUACUUUUUGAGAACCACUGGUCUUGCUUGGGCUUCCAAUCGAGAGAAAACAGGCCCACAGAAAAAAAAAGAGUUUUAUCAAAGCUGAGGGUAUUUAUUUUGUUAUGAUGAAGUAUUUAUUUGUAUGUAAAACGUUUUUGAGACAAGUGUUCUGUCCUUUUUUUUAAUUAUUAUUCCCUUUCAUUGGCAAAGCCAGUUUUUAGAGACCCUAGACGACUAAUUCAAGCUCCUGCAUUGCAAAAAUCCAGAUUUUGAUGAAUGACUGUCCCCAUUUAUCCUCCUUUCUUAACAUUUUUGACAACAAAAGAAACAACACCCAUCGCCAUCCUCACCCCCUUGAAAGCCUCAAGUCAUAAUGAUACUUCUGAAAGCCUGCUUUUGCUCCGUAGACCUGACUGACUCCUUAUUGGAUCACCUUCCUGUCACUCAUUCACUAGGCGCGCAGUUUGAGUUUGUCAUUAUUAUUUUUUUCUCGUUCUGUGUUUUUUCGCUGCUGCUCUGCGCUGCUACUACUGCUGCUGCUCUUGUCCACGUCCGAUGUUCUGUCCUCCCAUGUAACCCAACGUCUGCUCCCCACCCC